AUGGGCCUGUACGCCAACGGUUACGGAGGCAUUAAUACGUUCUCGACCAUUGGCGAGGAGACGUUAAAAGUUCCUGGAUGGGACUACAAGACAACCUUUUCGUACCCGCUCUACUGCAACACAACCACCUCGUAUCUCCCGGCAGGAAAUUUGACUCUAUGGGCACAGCUGGAUCAAGGCCUCAAGCUUCACGUCCAGGGAAACACCGUCUACCCGACCGGCCUUGAAGCCUUUGAGGGUGAGGGAUCGAAGUGGGUCGGCAGCGUCAUUGAUACGGACAGGAAUGGAACCGCGAACUAUUCCAGAUACGCAGACAAUACUGUUACCUCGGGAGCCGGGCGUACACACCAGAUUUUUCAUCUCAGGGGACUGGACAGUGAUGGGACUUACGAGACGCCGGGGACGGAGCUCCACUUCCGGGAUGUGACUGCGUACAACAACUCUGUGAUAGCCGACAAAGAAGUCAUUGCAGGCAAAGUUGUGACGGGGCGCGCUUAG